CACCGCCCCUCUCGUGACGUCGCCUUCCUUCCUUUCCGUCUUUCCUCCGCUGUUAGCAGAGUUAGCGCUAGCAGGUAGCCCCCAGCAGCUGUCGGUGGCACUCAGUCAGCCAACCAGUCAGUCCGAGUGGUGGUGCAUUUGUAACCGUAUCCUCCUUCCAUCCCGUAAGACACACCGUGGACGGCCGGGUCGUUUCUCCGGGAGCCAGCUGCUUCACCUCCUCGGGCUAACGUCACCUGUGGUAAAUUACUGUUGUCCUCGCUGUCACGACAGGAAGAAGCUCCGGGACAUGGCCAGACCAGAACAAGUCCUGGUGCUAGAGCCACAACAUGAACUGAAGUUCAGAGGCCCGUUUACCGAUGUCGUCACUGCCACGCUGAAGCUCACCAACCCCACGGAUAGAAAUGUGUGUUUCAAAGUCAAGACAACCGCGCCUCGCAGAUACUGUGUGCGCCCAAACAGUGGCGACAUUGACCCCGGAAACUCCGUCAAUGUUUCUGUUAUGCUCCAGCCGUUUGACUACGACCCCAAUGAAAAGAGUAAACACAAAUUCAUGGUGCAGUCCAUGCUGGCCCCGUACGGCAUGACUGACAUGGAAGGAGUUUGGAAGGAGGCAAAGCCUGAAGAGCUGAUGGAUUCAAAGCUGAGAUGUGCAUUUGAGAUGCCUCUAGAAAAUGACAAAACUCAUGAGAGUGAAACCAACCAAACUGAGUAUUCCUCUCCCUCUUCUGUUAAGUCUGAGCUCUCCACACUGCCCAAGUCAGCCAGUGCCUCGCUGGAUGACGGGGAGGUGAAGAAGAUCAUGGAGGAGUGCAAGCGGCUGCAGAUGGAGGUGCACAGGCUACGGGAAGAAAACAAACAGAUCAGGGAGGACGACGGGCUGCGGAAGAGAAAGGUGACCUCAAUGGGCUCGCCUCACUCUUCCUCCUCCUCCGCCAUGGCUACCUCGGCCAUGAGGGACGAAGGCCUGAGCACCCGCAUCCUGGCACUCUGUGUUCUCUUCUUUGUCAUUGGAGUCAUCAUUGGCAAGCUGGCCCUGUAGAGACUCAGACAGACAGACAGACAGCACAGUGACAGACGGGGCGGACGGCGUGCUCGGCAGGACACGUGGUGAUGGCGGCAACGGGGAUGUCUUCUGGGUUUAUGUUUGUUUCUCUUUCUUUUUUAACAUUUAAGGCAAUACCAUGAUAGUUUGUCUGGAUGGAAAAUAAUUUAAUGUGUAAAAAGAGAAUGAAGCAAGUUAAACUGAGGGUUUUUGUCACAGGUCUUGCCUUUUGUCUUCUUUUUUUUGCGUGUGAAAUAAUCACCACCUCUGAUCUGUCCUUUCCAUCCAUCCCUCCUUCCUAAAUGAUCUUCCGCAACUUGCACAGGUAACAGUUUAGUGGUGUGUGGGAGUGGCUUCACGCUGAAUGAAUGUCUUCUGUUGAUUCUUUAUUGAUUCUUAAGUCUUCAAGUUCCUCUCUCACAUAGUCUAUAAGAAAGAUCUAACGCUUCUUCUGAUAAUCUCUCUUCCACUUAUUACUGAUAAUCUACAAAAAGAGGUGAACACAAGUGAUCAGUGAAAGACUUUUUUUUUUUUCUAGAUUAAAACUCAAUGUAUUGUUUUCUAAGCGGUAUGUGGUAAAAAUGUGAGCCAGUAGAAGCCGCGUGUGUGUGUGUGUGUUUGUGAGUGUGUGUCCUCUUGAUUUUGCCUCCUGCAGGAGGGGCUGAUGUGACUGUUUGUGGCUGUUUUUAUGAGAGGAGAUCACAAACAGUGAAAUCACCAGCUGUUUCAGAACGAAGGAAGAGGGGGUGGUUUGAAAACUAAACCGUCAUCUGAAUAGAUUUCCUGCACACAACUGAAAAAUGGGGUUCUUUGUUGAAAAUCAGAUUAAAACUUGAUUCUUUUUUUUUUUGCCAUUUGAAAGCUAUAACCGUCAAAAUAAAGAAUUCAUGCUGCAUGGUGAUGUAGUUAAAAAAGCAAAGCUGUUUUUUAGAUUUAGUUCAAGACGUCACACUUACAUGUUCUAGGUAAUUGCUUCCUCGGGUUGAGAGAGAGCCACUUGACCAAAAUGACAAUAAAUCCCCUAAAUUAGUGCACUCGUCAUGUAAAACCGACGUUUUCCAACAGACCUUUACAAUAUAUAACAUACAGUAUGUAACAAUAGCUUUUGCCACCUUGUUUAACUUUGCUCAUGAAGUAUUGUAUUUGUGUUCUCUAGUGUAUUACAGCAAUUUAUUAUUUUUUUCUUUUCUUAUAUUAUCUUGUAGUCGGAUGCUUCUGUUUAUAAUAUUCAAAUGCACUAUUCAAGUGUCCACUCUGCAGUCUGCAUGUAAUGACCUGGAUUUAUUAUGAUUAUUAUUUGAGUGUUAACGUUAUAUUGGCAGAACAAAAAAAUAGUUUUCUCAAAAGGGACCAUCCUGAGUCUGGUUUAUCUCUGUGUGUUUUGUUUCCUUUUCGAUUAUCCUUUUGUUUUAUGUUGGGCUCUGGUGGUUGUGAGAUAACUGAGACAACACAGCUGUAUUAUCUCGGCUGUCACAUGACCAUCUUAGCAGGUUGUUAAAGAAAAGAAAGAAUGGAUAUUUGUAUUUUUCGUUGCCUGAGGGACCUCGGGGAGCAGAGAAGUGGGAAUGUGGGCGGCUGGGAGGAGGGCCGACCUGUGAAUACACACUACAUUGAAGAGGGAAACAAGGCAUCAGUGCUUCAGUAAUUGGAUACUCUUUUGUAUGUACAUAAAAAAUACUUAAGAUAACUGGCAAAGUUAUUAACAUACUGUAGUAAAGGAAGGAAAUAAUUAAACAACCACCAUGGAUGAUGUAGCAUCAUAAUUAAUUAAAAUGCAUAAACCCC